GUCUUCGCCUCUACUGUAUAAGAUAAUUACAUUUCGUAGCACACGCUUCUUUAAGCCUUUUCUGUUUCGCAAUGUCGGGCAAACGUGGUGUGGAAAUGCUUAAGCAGAUGGCAGAGUUUAUGUCCAAAUCCAAAAGCUUUGACCGCGUCGUUGGAAUGGUCAAAAUCACAAACGGCGGCGAUGGACGUUGUGUGGGUGAAUUUACUGUUGGCCCGGAGCACUUAAAUAGAGGCGGUACUUUACAUGGAGGCUUAACUGCUACCAUACUAGACAACGUUACCACAUAUGCGCUCAUGUCCAAGAGCUCACAUCCUGGUGUAUCGUCCAGCUUGAAUGUUAAUUACUUGGCUGCAGCCAAACCGGGCGAUGUCAUUGAAGUUGAUGCCAAUACAGUGCAUGCGGGACGCAAAAUGGCUUAUAUAGAGUGUGUGCUACGAAAUAAGGCAACUGGACGUGUUAUUGCCUCUGGCGGGCAAACAAAAUUUGUAGAUUUUGAAAAGAAAGAGACAAGCGACAAAUAAGUGUUGUAAUCGAUAAGUUUUGCUGUGCAAUAAAUUCGGUAUUUUGUAGCUAUUG